ACCCUUCACUCAGAUAUGUAUAUUAAUCUCAGUGGACUAAAACCAUAUAGUGUUGACACAGCUGAUAAUAGUGAAAAAGUGGACAAUUAUGAUACGUCAGAUUUGUAUCCUGGUCUUCCUCAAAAUUUACUCAGAGUGACAAGCAAAAAUCAAAUUAAAGUAGAUCUUGUAGAUGAAAAUUUUACAGAACUAAGAGGAGAAAUAGCAGGACCUCCGGACACACCAUAUGAAGGAGGAAGAUAUCAAUUAGAAAUAAAAAUUCCAGAAACGUAUCCAUUUAAUCCUCCUAAGGUGCGGUUUAUCACCAAAAUAUGGCAUCCUAAUAUUAGCUCAGUCACUGGAGCUAUUUGUUUGGAUAUCCUAAAAGAUCAGUGGGCCGCGGCGAUGACUUUAAGAACAGUGUUGUUAUCAUUGCAAGCCCUCUUGGCAGCUGCAGAGCCAGAUGAUCCCCAAGAUGCAGUAGUGGCCAAUCAGUACAAACAGAAUCCAGAAAUGUUUAAACAGACAGCUCGGCUUUGGGCACACGUGUAUGCUGGAGCACCAGUUUCUAGUCCAGAAUAUACCAAGAAGAUAGAAAACCUUUGUGCUAUGGGAUUUGAUAGGAAUGCAGUAAUAGUGGCCUUGUCAUCAAAAUCAUGGGAUGUAGAGACAGCAACAGAACUACUUCUGAGUAACUGAGCCAUGUGCUGAAAACUGCUUCGGUAGCCCAGCUUGCCCCUUCUUGAGGAGCGUCACCAUCUCUUCUUUUUAGGUUUCGAUAUAGAUUCUCUUUUAAAACUGGCAUUCUUGCCUGAUGCUAUCUAGGCACUAUUGGAGACUGACAAACUGCUCUGUAAAUAAAGCUAAUUAAACGUCUGUGUAAAUUUAAGAAAGGGGGAAAUACUUUAAUUUUUUUUCUUAUUAAAUAUUGUAAAUUCCUUGAGCUUGGCUAAAACGAUGGGGACAACUUGCCUACUGUAGUGUUAGCAGUGUGACCAAGACUAGCAGGAAUUUGCAUCAGGAUUUUGACUUUAUUCAGAACACAUCAGAUUGUGUCUGUAAUCAUCAAUCGUUGUCACUCAUCCCAGCUCCCUUACCGUUUUUAAUAUGGAUCCUACAUGCCUGUGGACUGACCUUAUAUUUGCAUGCUUGUACUUUACAUAGACAAUUUAAGCAAGUAGGGUGAACUGAACAGAGCACCAUUUGAAGUACCGGAGCAUUCCUUCUUGUAACUUUUUACCUAAAGUUUUCCAGAUGGGCUCAAAACUCAAAAACGAUGGCCUACUCCGCUAUUUUCACCACUUUAGGAGUAACGAUCCUGAAUGUCCUCCUUGCUCCCAGCCCCCCUUCAGCUGCACGCACAGUUGCAAUAAUCACACCAGGACCUCUCCGGAAUCUGUGGGUAUCUGUGCCAUCUAGCCUAGUUUUCCACUUCAUGUGGUAUAUUUUGAAUAACCAGUAAAAGUGUUUCCACCAUUGUAAUUUCUACACAAUUGUAUAAAGGUUUGGUAUAUUUGGACAUAGCACAAACCAGUGGAGCUGCUCUUUUAUUUCUUAUGCAGAAAUCAAACCUCUUUCAAUAAAUUCUGGCUAGAAUGAAUUCACUGAAAAGAACUGGGUCUCUGUUAACACUGAGAAUGCCACCCCUUUUCUCUAGCGUAUGCUGUGACGCAGUCAGCUUUUGGGACAUAAUUUCAAAUAGCAGUUGCUUAUAAAGGGUUGUAAAAGACCCGCUUGUGUGCAUUUUUCCCUAGCUGACAUUUGGAAAUCUUGUUGGUUUUUUUACUGUACAUAUAUGUUAAAUGCCAGUAGUAGUUUCUCCAGGAUGACUGUUCCUGCUAAAACAACUGUACAUACAGUGUAUCUUUGUAUUCAUUCUGAGAGAUCUGAACUCUUCAGAUUGUUAGUUUUCUAUAAGUCCAAAACACAUACUUUUUGUUGAAAGACGGAAUAUUUCAGAGGUGCCCUGAGAAUUCUUCUGAGCAAAAUGCAGUGGUACAUUUGGAGCAUAUCAAAUUGUUUUCCUCAGUCCGAUUCUUAUGUACUGUAGAUAGAAAUGUUUACAUUAAUCCAUGUUUUAAUUGAAGAACAGGCAAUGGGCUACUCAUGGUUUUUGCUGACCUGUCAUGUUACAUUACUGUAAGAAAAUAAUGAGAAAUAGAGAUGGGCAUGCAGGGUUCUUUUCUGCAAGAUAUCCAAGUUACCUGUAGUUUCAGAUGUUAGGACACAGAAUAUAGUAGUUACCUGUGCAAUAUGAAGCACUGAUUUUUUUUCACAUCCCAUUUCUGCAUUCAGUGAUUGUGUGGUUUAUCUUACAGUCAUGUAAAUCACUGGCAGAUGCCAAAGGAAAUGUGACUCUCCUCUUUUUUUUUUUUU